UAAUGUAUUUGGCUUAGAAAUAGAUGUACUCAUAACAUCCAUCUUACACUAAUGGAUCAUCACAGAAUGUUAAAAAGAUGAUAGAGAACUUUUCGUAUGGACUUCAUUAGUAAAUUGGAAAAGGAUUCAGCAGUAAGGUUUAUAAAGGACAAAAUGAAGUGACAGGUGAAACAGUAGCUAUUAAGGUAAUAUGAAGUCUAUUUAGGUAAUUGACAAAGCCUUACUGAAGACACCUUUGCAUCAUGCCUUAUUGCAAAGUGAAAUAGAGGCACUAAGUACUUUAGAUAGUCAAUAUAUAAUGAAAUUAUACAAAGUAUAAAAUAAUCUUAAGUCUAUAGGUAUUUCAAACAUAAAAUAAUACUUACUUAAUUACAGAGUUUUGUGAAAAUGGUGAUUUGGGAAGUAAAUUAACCAAAAUUGGUAAAUUUCCAGAGUAACAAGCACAAAAUGUUAUAUUUGGAUUGGUUAAAGCCUAUAAAUUAUUGAAAUAGAAUGGUAUAAUACAUAGAGAUAUUAAACCUGCUAAUGUGUUAUUGUCAUCAUGUGGAACUCCAAAAUUAGCAGACUUUGGAUUUGCAACAACUCCUAAUUCUCCUCCAUUAUUACCUAAUGUUAAUGUUGGUAGUCCUCUUUAUAUGAGUCCAUAAGCUCUUAAAAAUAAUAAAUAUUCUGAUAAAUCUGAUAUUUGGGCUAUAGGAGUAUCAGCAUUUGAAAUAAUAUUUGGAUAAGUUCCUUGGUAAGCAACAAGUGAAAAGGAAUUAGCAUAAAAAAUGGUUAGUGUACAAUUAACAUUCCCAUCAUCAACAAAAGUUAGUUAAGAAUGCAAAGAAUUUAUUAAACGUUGUUUAGUUGUAAAUGAAUAAGAAAGAGCAUCAAUAGAUGAAUUAGAAAAGCAUCCUUGGAUAAGAGGACCUGAAUUAGCAUUCUAAGUCAAUAAAUAGCCAGCUUUAAUGAAAUAAAAAACAUUAGAAUAACCAAAAGAAGGUAAAGAAAAUAGUGCUAAAAAAUUACCUGGAGAUUCUAUUCAUAGAAGUGGAAAGAAACAUACAACUUAAAUAACUAAACCAUUAGGAUAAUAAUCAAAAUAAAGUAUUUUAAUUAAUUAAUUUAUUAGCUGAAACUAGUUCUUUUGAAAUUAAAAGUAAUACUUCUAAUAUUGAAUAUACUAUUAUGUCUUAAAUCAAUUUUUGCAAAUAUUUAUUUAGAGUUGCUAAUUUAAUUGAAAGUACUAAUCUAUUUAGAACUGAUUUGCUAAGAGAUAAGUUAUUAUUCUUUGCAAUUAAAAAUAUUAUGAUCAAAAUGUAUAAACUUAAAGACAUUGUAAAUAAUAAUAUUCUAUUUUAGGAUUCAAAUUCUCUUGAUAUUUAAGGUUUUGAUGCAUACAAGGCUUCAAAUUAGUUUUAAUCAACAUAAAUUACAAUCUAGUAAAACUUUACUAAAUACUAAUCAUAUUUUAAGAAUAUCUGGUCUUCAUUAUAAUAAAAUAAAAAUGAAUUGUCAAUUGAUAAAAAAUUUGAUGCUGUUUUUGAUGAAAAUUUCACUGAAUUCGAAUCUUUUUAUAUAAUCUUCAAUUCUGUAUUACGUCAAGCAAUUAAAGAAUUACAAAAAGAAAUUGAUAAAAAAUUAGGCUCUGAUGAUUUAUCGAAAAGUUUACCAAUUGAUAUGGAAAAAGAUGUGGUCUUACUAGACUAUUUGGUCACUUACUUUUAAUUAUCAUAAUUGACUUUAGAGACCUUUAAUAAACCUUAUGAAUUCGCAUAGAAAUCAAAAAUAGAACAUAUUGCAGAAGGAAGCCCUGUUAGAUUAACUUAUGGACACUUUAUUGAAAUCAAAAAUAAAAUGAGUGACUUAGAAGUUUGAU